CUAGGAUUAGAAUAAUUUAUGGAAUCAUUGAAUUUGCCUGCGAGUACGCGCCCAGCCUGGUUUUGCGCGCUCACAGCGUCGGGUGCAGAGCAUAAGAGCCUACGGUUUCAGUGCCAUGGUCUCUUUUUAAGGACAUGUUCAUCGACGAAUCCCUGACUUUUUACACAUUUUCACUCAAGCAGUGCGAACUGGGCUUCGUAGUGCGAUGCUGAAAAAUCAAAGUCAUUGCUGUCGAAACCCUCAACAGUGGUGAACUGCGCGGCACACUGCGACUCGGAGAAGAUAGAGUAGACGCGUGGUGGUUUGUCCUACGGUUACAGCUCGUUCCAGUCGCUAGCUGCAGCGAACUGAAAAGAGGAGCAACCCAGGGAUGACCAGUUUACGGAGGGGUAUAGAGUGCAGUGAUGUGUCCUAUAAGGAGCAUUGGUGGCAAAUCUGAUGGCCGAAUGUCGACUGCUUCAGUAAGGCAGUAUGAUGGAGGCUGGCUGUGGGGUUGCCGCGGUGAUCGGGAAUGCUGGCUCAGGACAUCAGGGAGAACCAGGAAGUGGUGACGUCCUUGAGGGGGACAUGUGUAUUACACCAGAUAAAGAAGCGACCCAGCCUGAUCCACACAAGAGCACUACUCCAACAGAGAAAUCUCCAAAAGAGAGCCCAACUGACAUGGUACAGAGUGAUGAGGUCACAGAGCUUCCUGUUGAGCCUGAGCCCACCCUGCGUUCCUGCGUCAGCACAGCCAGCAUGAAGGUCAAAAACGUGAAGAAGCUGACGUUCCCCAGAGGUCAUUUUCCCAGGCUGGCUGAAUGUGCCCACUUCCACUAUGAGACCGUUGACUUUGGCACUGUGCAGCUGUCCUUUGCAGAGGAGCAGACUGAGGGGAAGAAGGAUGGUCUGGACUCCAAGGAGCCACUCUUCGUGGUUCAGAUCUGCUGCCAGAGUCGGAGCUGGCUGGUGAAGCGCUCCUAUGAAGACUUCCGUGUGCUGGACAAACACCUCCACCUUUGUAUCUAUGACCGACGCUUUUCUAAACUCACUGAGCUGCCCCGCAUUGACUCUCUGAAGGACACAGUAGAGGUAGAGGAAAUAACCAAGAUGUUGGCAGCCUACCUGUCCCGUCUCUCAGCCAUCGCUGACAACAAGAUCAACUGUGGUCCAGUGCUGACAUGGAUGGAGAUUGAUAACAAGGGCAACCACAUGCUGGUAGCUGAGGAGUCCUCCAUCAAUGUUCCUGCCAUCGCCGCGGCCCACGUCAUCAAACGCUACAUUGCCCAGGCCACAGACGAGCUGACCUUUGAGGUAGGGGACAUUGUGUCAGUCAUUGACAUGCCUCCUAAAGAGGACACUGGCUGGUGGAGAGGGAAGCAUGGCUUUCAGGUUGGCUUCUUCCCCUGUGACUGUGUGGAGCUGAUCAGUGACAGGAUUCCCCCCUGUGUGUCCAGCUCUGUGCCAAAACCAGUUUGUAAGAAGCACGGAAAGCUGGUGACGUUCCUGAGGAGCUUCAUGAAGUCCCGUCCACCCCCUCAGAAGCUGAGGCAGCGUGGGAUCCUUAGGGAGAGGGUGUUUGGCUGUGACCUGGGGGAACACCUCCUCAACUCAGGACAUGAUGUCCCCCAGGUGAUCAAAUGCUGUACUGAGUUCAUUGAGAGACAUGGUGUCGUGGAUGGGAUGUACAGACUCUCCGGGAUCUCCUCCAACAUCCAGAAACUGAGACAUGAGUUUGACUCGGAGCAGAUACCAGACCUCAGUAGAGAUGUCUUCAAACAGGAUAUCCACUCCGUAGGGUCUCUGUGUAAACUGUACUUCAGAGAGCUGCCAAACCCUCUGCUCACCUACCAGCUCUAUGAGAGAUUCUCAGAGGCUGUGUCUGCUGCUACUGAUGAGGAGAGGCUGGUGAAGAUCCACAACGUCAUCCAGCAGCUUCCUCCUCCUCACUACAGGACUCUGGAAUUCCUCAUGAGACAUUUGUCCCAACUAGCCACCUUCAGCCCUAUUACCAACAUGCACACCAAGAACCUGGCCAUCGUCUGGGCUCCCAACCUGCUUAGAUCCAAGCAGAUUGAGUCGGCCUGUUUUAGUGGAACAGCAGCCUUCAUGGAGGUGCGUAUCCAGUCAGUGGUGGUGGAGUUCAUACUGAACAACACAGAGGCACUCUUCAGCCCCAAACUCAACGCCCUCAUCCGGGAGAGCACAGGUACCAGUACCCUAUCCAGGCCCAAGUCUCUGCUGGUGUGCUCUCCCUCCACUAAGCUCCUGUCUCUGGAGGAGGCCCAGGCCCGUACCCAGGCCCAGCUGGGCUCCCCUGUUACUACUCCAAUUCUGUCCCACAGCGAGUACAUCGAGGUGGGGGAGGGACCCGGGGCACUGAUGGGCAAGUUCCACACAGUCAUUGAACUACCCACUGAGAGUAAGAGGGCUCCUGGGAAGGUGAAGAAGUCCCCAGUGGGAAGCUGGCGUUCAUUCUUCCACCUGGGCAAGUCCUCCUCCAUGACUUCCAAACGCAAGCUGAAGCGUCACCCCAGCGAACCCAAUGAGAUCAAGAGCAUCGCACUGCCAGGUGGAAGAGGAGAUAGUGGGACACUGCGCUCCACCAAAAGUGAAGAAUCUCUCACCUCUUUGCACAAUGUGGAAGGUGAGCCCCAGAUGUACCGCCCCCCUAGACCACGCUCUACCAGCGAUGCCCUCUCCACCGCGUUCAGGGAUGACCUGUCUGAUGCCAGGGACAAAGGCUACCACAAACAGACCAAGGAGGGCCAUAAUGGUGCUGGUGGUCCAGUCUAUGACCCAGCUGGUGUGUCCCCUCCUCAUCAGGAGGAUGACCUUGACCUCUGUCUUCCAGCCCCUGGCAUGGCCUUUCUGGACUUUGACCCCAUGUCCUUCCAGUGCAGCCCACUGAGCCCACCAACAACUAAAUCCGCUCCUCAACGCAAAGCAAGCGUCAACUGGAGGAAGAAUGUCGGGGGUUCCAGUGAAUCAGAGCCCAUCUCUUCAUCCCUCAAUAAAGUCCUCAGUAACUCCCAGUCCCCUGACAUCAGCCCAGUCCAUAGGAAAAGAGGGGAGAAAAAGAAAGUGGUCGUCUCCCCCAAACUCCGACGGAAGUCCUCUACGUCCCCCCCUGUGGUUGAAACAGAUGUGCACACUGUGUGUGUGUCUACCCCACGCUGUGUCUCAGACACCCAGGGGGGUGAGUCCUCCUCCCCUCCACCUCUGGAUCUGUGUGAGGCCCAACUAGUGAGUGAGGAGGGGAGUGAGGCCAGGGCUCCCCGCCGGCCCCCCAGCCCUCCAAGCUUCACAUCAACUUUCACAGACAGCCUUGCUUCACAAAACCCUCAGGAUCCAGGAACAGAUAGGCUUGUGAAUUCAGUGUCUGUCCUCCCUCCUCACCCUCCGUUGACGAUGGCUGCCCGCAGGCUGGCCUUGGCCCUGGCUGAGUCUGCCCAGAAGGCCACUCUGACCUCCCAGAGGAGGAGCACCCAACCCCCCCUAUCCUCUCCAGAGACAGGACACCCCCCAUCCCCUGGACAGACCCCCACGGCCCUCUGUUCUCCACCUCCAAUCCUGCUCUCAGGAUUACGGCGACCUCAAGGUCUCUUCUCCAUCCCCCCUCUUACCCUUGGCUGGUACAUCAGUUGA